AUGGUCGGCGUGGGCGCGCGUGUUGCAGAUGGUCGCCUGCUAGGUAGCUUGCAGAGCUUCCAGGAGAUCUUUGAGUCCUUCCCCAUGCAGAAAUCAGUUGGGAAGCUCCUGUACAAAUACUGCUUCCCCUGUACUUUCUUGGUCCCCUUUGCGGUGGAGCCAUUCCUGGCACAGCUAGGUCCGUAUAAUGUUGGCUCGAUGCUGAUUCGCAGCAAUGCGCGACUACGAGGAGAGAACGCAGAACGUGCCCUAGAGCUGUCUGAGAUGGAGCAGGGCCGCUACGCAGACGUCGUCUUCAACCUUAUCCUGGUUGCAUGUAUUCCGUUCAUAGCCCCAGCAUACAUGGCCUGGACGUAUGGCACAUUCCUCCUCUCCCACCUGUAUAUCUAUUUCUAUGACCAUUGGAAGACUCUUCGGUGGGCUCGGAAGUUCUACUUCUCCAGCGAUGAGGUCCACUGGUUUGGACAGCAGCUACUAUGUUUGCCACUAGGGCUUCUUGCUGCAAGCGCCGUCUUCAAGUUGAAUCAGAUGAGUGGAGGGGUGCAUGGGGGCCUUGGUUCGGGAGUGCUCAAGGGGCCAAAGCUAUGGGGUGCUAUGGCCGCCGCUUUCAUCGUCCACGUGGUCGUGCACCUUGCGCUGUCACCUGGUGCACAAAAUACCAAGUUCAAUUUAAGAAGUGUGUUGCUGCAUUGA